AUGAAAAAAAAAUGUAAUUAAGUUAGAUAACAUUCAUUCUAAAUUCCAAAGAUAACAUCUUUAUAACCCUUAUUUAAUACUUAUACAGAGAGUCAUACUGAACCUACAACUCCAAAUAAAGUUGAUAUGAGAUCAAAAUAAGAAUAAAUUAAAUUAGAAUUAGAACAAAGAAAUAAAUAUUUAGAAUAAAUAAUAAGUCUUAAAUAACAACGUUAUAAACAUAAUCGAAAAGAAUUACUGUAUCAUAAAUUAUAAAAUAUAGAGUAAUAAUUAUUUAAAUGGAAUCAAACACGCAAUAAUAUUGAAUUGUAAAGUGAUUUUCCUAAUUCUAGCAUCAAGAAGGCAAAAUAACAAUAUUUAUGUGAAUAUUACAAUUCACAAUAAAGUUCGAAGCCUUUCUAAGCAAGGCAAACUCAAUAUAAGAAUUCUAGUGUUCAUGAUUUUUAAUAGACGAAAUCUAAAAUCAGAGAUACUUAUUCUCAACCAAGAAAAUAAUCAUAUUUUAAUAUAUAAUAUUAAAAGAAAAUUAACGAAGUAAUCAUAAAUUUUAUUGUUAAAUUAAGAUUGAAAAUAGAGUGAAUGUAAUGCAAAGAAAAUUAAAAUUUGGUAAUUUGGAUUAACAAGUAUCCAAUUCCUUUUAAAUACUCAUAUAAGAUUAUUCCUAAUGAUCAAUUUCUACAUUAACUUAUAUUGUCAUAAAUAUUUAUUUUUAAAUAAAACUGCAAAUCCAUCUUACCCACAAAAAUGAUGUCAGUUCACCUUCAUGUAAAUACUAUAAUUAAUCUACUCUCUAGGUUGGAUAAUCAUAACCCCAUACCUCAGAAGCUCCAGUCUUACAAUUCUUGGGUAAAUCUAAGAAGCGUAAACGUCGUUCACUUGAAACCAGCGAUUGGAUUUCUCUUCAUGACCACAAAAUUAAAGGCAAUUCCUAUACCUAAUACCUCAUUAGACUUAAAGUUGACAAUGUUGUAUGGUCUUUCUGGACUAGAUAUAGUAUGCUAUCUGAGCUCCAUUAAACCCUUGGUGAAGUGAUCAAGUCCCAAUUACCAGAAUUUCCAUAAAAAAGACUCUUUGGUAACCUUAAUCAAAAUUUCAUUUAAACCAGAAAAUAAUAACUGGAUAUUUAUCUUUAGGUUUUAAACUAAUCUCUACUUAUAUAUAGGCCAUUUUUAAGGAUUCUUAAGUUCGUGAUUCCAAAGUAUUUUAAGACUUCAUCUAUAAUUCAAAAUAAAAAGCCUUCAAAAAAGCUGACCUUGAUUCCCUUCAUCGAUUUAAAUUGGAUGUUUGAAAUAUAUAUAUUAUUA